AUGGAGAUGCCAUCCAGGAUCAUCUUCUUGUUGGUAUUAAUCUCCAAUAUCACAGCUACUCAAAAUGCAACUGAAACAGAGCCCAGAACAGUAAAUGUUGGAGUCAUCCUCAAUCUGCAGUCAUUGGUGGGCAAAAUUGCGCAUAUGAGUAUUUUGAUGGCCUUGGAAGAUUUCUAUUCAGUUCACAGUAGCUACAGAACAAAGUUAGUUCUCCACAUGAGGGAUUCCAAUGAAGAUAUCCAAGCUGCCUCAGCAGCAGUAGACCUUCUGGAGAAUUAUAAUGUGCAAGCAAUAGUUGGUCCCCAAAAAUCUUCAGAGGCUAUUUUUGUGUCUGAUAUUGGAAACGAGAGCCAUGUUCCGGUCAUCUCCUUCACUGCAACAAGCCCCACUCUUUCAUCUGGAAAUGUCCCAUACUUUUUGCGUGCAACACUAAGUGAUGCAGAUCAAGUGAAUUGCAUCGCUUCUCUCAUUAAAGCCUAUGGUUGGAAGGAAGUGGUACCCAUCUACGAGGACACAGACUAUGGCAGAGGUAUAAUACCAUAUCUGGCUGAUGCACUUCAAGAGUUUGGAGGGUUUAUGCCUUAUCGUAGUCCAAUCUCUGAAUCAGCAAACAGCGACCAAGUUGAGCAAGAACUCUACAAGCUAAUGACAAUGCAAACCAGGGUCUAUAUCGUGCAUAUGUCAUCUGCUAUUGCCUCUAUUCUGUUCAUGAAAGCCAAGGAGCUAGGAAUGAUGAGUGAUACGUAUGCUUGGAUCUUGACAGAUGGGAUCACAAAUAUUGCUAGUUCACUCAGCCCUUCAAUACUUGAAGCAAUGAAUGGUGCACUAGGUGUGAAGUUCUAUGUGCCUAAAUCAAAGGAACUCGAUAAUUUCACUGCAAGAUGGAAUAAGAGAUUCAAACAAGACAAUCCAAAUGUUGCAGUUGCACCAUCUCAGCUAAGCAUUUUUGGACUCUGGAGUUAUGAUACAAUUUGGGCCUUGGCGCAAGCAGCAGAAAAUGUUAGCAUGGGCAAUGCAGUAUUUCAGAAGCAGUGGCACAGGAAGAACAUAACAUGUUUUGGAGGUUUGGGUAUUUCUACAAUUGGUCGAAACCUCCUAGAUGCAAUCUUACAUAGUAAGUUCAGAGGUCUAAGUGGUGAUUUUGACCUUAAAAAUAGGCAGCUGCAGCCUUCCACAUUCCAGAUAAUUAAUGUGGUUGGAGGAGCUCCACAAGAGAUAGGCUUUUGGACAGAAAAGCAUGGAAUCAUUAGGAAGCUGGAUCAAAACAAAUUAGAAACGACAAAUGUAAACUCUAUGCCUGAUCUUAAUCAAGUAAUUUGGCCAGGAGAAUCAUAUGCAGUGCCUAAAGGAUGGCAAAUUCCUACUAAUGGAAAGAAGCUCCGAGUAGGUGUACGGUAUAGUGGAUAUCCAGAGUUCAUGAAGGUGGAAAGAGAUCCUACUACUAAUGCAACAACUGCUACUGGUUAUGCCAUCGAUGUAUUUGAAGAGGUGCUGAAGAGAUUACCAUAUGCAAUACCUUAUGAAUAUGUAUCAUUUGGUACUGCAGACUCUGGGAACUAUAAUGAUUUUGUCUACCAAGUUCAUCUUGGGAUAUAUGAUGCAGCAAUUGGAGAUAUAACCAUCAGGUACAAUAGAACUUCCUAUACUGACUUCACACUACCCUACACUGAAUCUGGGGUAGCAAUGAUUGUGCCAGUCAAGGACAACAAGAAUAAGAAUAUAUGGGUAUUCACGAAGCCGUUAACUACUGAUUUGUGGUUUGGAAGCAUUGCAUUCUUCAUCUACACAGGGAUUGUCAUCUGGCUAUUGGAGCGGCGAAUCAAUAAUGCUGAACUGACUGGUUCAUUUUUCCGACAGCUUGGGAUAGCAAUAUAUUUUUCCUUCUUUGCAGAUAGGGAGAGAGUGGACAGUAUUUUGUCUAGAUUGGUUGUUAUUGUAUGGGUAUUUGUACUUCUUGUGAUUACAUCAAGUUAUACAGCCAAUCUAUCAUCAAUUCUCACCGUGCAACAGCUUCAACCCACAGUAACUGAUGUUCAUGAACUGCUUAGGAAAGGAGAAUAUGUAGGCUAUCAUAAUGGUUCUUAUGUAGUGGAUCUAUUAGAAGAACUUGGCUUUGACAGAAGAAAGAUCAGGGCAUACAAUACUCCAGAUGAUUUUGCUGAUGCUCUCUCUAGAGGGAGCAAAAAUGGUGGCAUUGCUGCCCUCAUACAUGAAGUUCCAUAUAUCAAAAUAUUUCUAGCAGAGAAUUGCAAAGGUUAUACAAUGGUUGGACCAAUAUACAAGUCUGAAGGUUUUGGCUUUGCAUUCCCCAAGAGAUCCCCUAUGGUCAACGACUUUUCUAGAGCAAUCCUCAGCAUAACAGAAGGGGACACUAUCAUCCACAUAGAAAAUAAAUGGAUCAGAGAACGACAUACCUGUCAAAAUGAUGGAACCAUCGCCAGCUCGAGUAGUCUAAACUUCAAAAGCUUUUCAGGACUCUUUCUAGUCACAGGGAUUGCUUCAACUUCUGCUCUUUUACUAGCCCUGAUGAUGUUCCUCUACAAAAACAAGCACAAGAUAAAGAACAGCAUAGGUUGUGAUCACCAGACUGAGGAAGGAUAUGGAUCAGAGCAUAGCAACGAGCAGAACCAAGACAGGGAACAGGAUAGCAACCAGGCACAAAAUAUGCAGAUGACCGUGCCAAAUGAUGCACAAGAUGAUGCUUGCCAACAAGAGAUAGAUAUAUCCUUAGAACUCAUCAGCUCAACUGGUUCAGGAGUCCAAACAUGUCCAGAUAUUUCAUCUCAUGGAGCAGCAAGCAAUGGUUUGUUGUGCCAAGACUGA